AUGCAAUACAGACUGAAGGAAGAAAAGAAUCAGAGAGAGACUUUGAAUAUAGAUAACUUGCUUGCUACCACAACUAUUAAUACUACUACUAUAUCGAAUCAAUCACGCUUUCUGUAUUUGACAGAUCGUGAGUUAAAUGAUUUGUCGUGGAUUAAGCCUAUAGUUAAGGACACAACAUGCUCAUAUUGCCCUCCACAGAAAAUUCAACCAAAUCAAGCUGUUGCAGCUAACCGAAUCAGUGAGAAUUUAUUAACAGAAAAGCAACCGGAUAGUGCUGCAACACUCACUGUUCAAAGCUUCCAAAAGGAUCUAGAGCGUGGGUCAUAUGAAGGCAAAUAUGUUUCCAUUCCUUUAAUUGAUUCAGAAUAUUAUCACAUUAUUGCAAACAAACAAUAUAAAAUUUCCGAAAAUUAUGAAACCAUUAAAUUAAUGCACAUUAAUAAAUAUCAAUUAGUCGGCAAAACCGGUGUUGGACAGUCAUCUAUCUUAGAAUUGUUCUCUUACUUAAAAUUCCCUACAUCGGAACCAGUUAGGAUUGAUUUUUCGCAUGGAACUCCCGAAUGCACUACUUUUGGAUUCAAUCAUAACGAUUUUUACAUCCCAUACGUUGAUAAUCCCGAGUCACGAAUUGUCGCAAUCCUUUCAUACGUGGACACUGUCGAUAAAGACUCAGUUGAGAAACCAAUUGCUAUUGGCCACAGACUUAUUUCGGAAAUCACAGAUGGUCAAUUUAGUUUAGAUUGGGUUGUUUUCAAUCCAUCCACGCCAAUGGAAGACUUCUUCAAGAGUGAGAAGAAGUAUCCGAUGUUCAAUUUAGUCUUUGAUCACGACAAUGAUGAGAAUCCGCCGACUGAAAAUUUACCAGCCAGAAUUACAUCAUUCCAGCCAAUGUAUCCAUCGCCAUUACUUACUAUCCACUCAAUUAAGGUCAAUCCAUCACCCGAUGCCAUACAAAAAGGCUCCCAAAUGUUCUGUAAUUUCAUAUUAAAGACACACGAAGAAAAUUCGAAAUUUCUCAAAGCAGCAGCCAAACCAAACAUGACUCAAGAAAUAGAAAGCUGCAGAACUCAAACACUUAACGCUGUCGAAGGAAUGCAUUUCCCAGGAAUGUGCAAUUUCAAACUCAAUACGAGCUACGAACAUUCAAUGCCACUCGAAAUCGUGGCCGAACUUUACACUCUUGAGUCCGGAAAAACGAAAUUGAUUGCCGAUGCUACAAUCCCGAUCGUUGACCCAAUAUGGUCGGGCCAAUGCAAGCUUAAAGGCCAUUCCCUAUUUUCUGGCAGCUCCGGAACCAUUUCCAUCUCUUAUAUUUUCCCGACAAUCGUUGCACCACCUAAGAAGCUCAUUUUCUCUCUCAUUGCUCCACCUAAGAAGUCCAUAGCCGACACUGCCCUCUCCGGAUCAGGCUCACGCUCAUCUGGAGAUCUCGAGCAGGCAGCCGGUCCAGACUACAAACAUCCUAUGUGGCAGACAGUUGCUCAGUACAUGCUUCAAUACUGCUUCGAUCCUGUCAUUCUUCCUCAAGUGGAUUUCAGUUUAUUAGCCGAACGCAUACAAAACUGCAAUUCCGACUGGUUGUACAAAUGGAUUGAGCACUCAUUCUCAUGUCCGGACACUUUCCCAUCGAUUUAUCUCAAGAAAUUGAAAGAAAAUAUUCUUGAAAUUUCUCCAAUUCCACUUCCUUUCUUCCUUGUUGGUCUCAAAGGCAUGAUUGCCAAUCACCAAUUCUGCUGGGAUGAACUGCAAGACCUCCUCAACGCCACAUCCGCCGAAAACGUUCCAAUUGUUGUCAAACGCGCUGCAGGAGAGUUUAUUCGCCAACUACGAAUGGGAUUUGCUCCAGACAUGGUCAUGGCGCUUGCCAGGAGAUUCAUUUUCGCCUUGAAGACACAAGAACGUCUAGAAGUCUUCCAGAUCUUCUUCUCCGACGCUUCUUUCAUCUACGCCAUUUUCCAAGCCGUCAAACCUCCAAAGGAACAUCUCGACAUGUCACCAUACAUUCCAUUGUUGAGUUUGUUCUAUUCGACUGUCAGAGAGACAUUUCUUGCCAACAACAAGCAAGCGAUUGACCCUGCCUUCAAGGCUAUAGGUCUUUUAGGUGUUUCCAUUGAGAUGUACUCUGAUUCAUCGACAUCGAAACGCAUUGCCAUGUAUUUCUUCCCUCUUUUGACACUGAUUUUCACUUUUGCGGAUUCCCUUGCGCCACAUCUUGGAAAUGAUCCAGUAUUAGUACCGUUCAUUCUUAACAUCUGCAAGAACGUGAAAUCAGGACAGUUCACGAGAUAUUUCGAUCUUUUGUCUGAUGAUAACAAAUUAAGGUUCUUUGAUUUCCUCGCGAAUUUGUCAGAAGAAUCAUUAAUUGAAGAAUUAUCGAAGCAUGUUGUUAUUGAAAAUGAUUCACAACUCAGUUCUCCUUUGAAUUCCAUCAAAUUGUCUGUUUCUCUUGAAGUUACAUGUCGAUUAUUAGUUUUCUUGCAUUUCAUUGACAAAAUCGACAUCAUUGCUAAGGAUAGACAACUUAUUUCCAUCUUCAAGAUCAUUAUGCACAUGUUAUCUCCAACACAAGACUCAGAAGCAUUCCCAAUGGUCUUCAAGUCUUUCGCUUUCGUCGUGAACAAGUUUUCACAAACAAUUUUCAUUGACAAAACUAAUCAUAUUUUGUCUAUCCUUUGUUCCGUUGUUUCCGUCACUCAAAGGAAAGUUGCAAUGGCAAGAAUCACUGCUAUGGCUUUCUUGAGAUGGCUCGUGAACAUAGAGUUAUGCACAGACAAGUCAAAGAAGAGAUCUGUGAGGUGUUUCAUUGGUUUGAUAUUCGCAUGUAUCAAAUCACUUUUCGAAAAUACUGAUUUCGAAUUCAAAGGUACAGAUGUUUCCAAAGAUUUCGGAAUUAUCAAUGACAUGAUUCCUAAUCUCAAGAACGCUUGGAAAGAAUCAAAAGUCUAUUUCAAGAAUGUUGAGAACUUGAUUCAUAACUUUACAUACGUAGAAAAUGUACAAGGAGCUUUGUACAUGGUUUGCAAACAGAUAGAAAAGAUCAAUGAAGAAAACGGUGAUUAUUUGGCCGCAUUCCUCUGCCAAUGGAAGAUUUGCGCAUUAAUUGCAAAUGUCUUCAAACUCCGCAACCAAGUUGUUGAUGGAAUUCCUACUGGAGGAGCUCAAGACUUCCCAUUCAUCGAAGAUUCAGGAGAUCUCAAAUACAACAACGGAACAACAAACCAGCUCCAGAGUUCCGAAUAUCUUUUAUUAGAAGGAGACAUGUUCACUGAACAAUCAAUGUGUGAAGAAUUACAAAAAGCAAUGGAAUUAUCUCAACAAGCAAAUUUGAAUUGGUGCAUUGGCCAAAUCACUGAGUAUUUGCUUGCUUAUCUCGAAAACCACAGAAUGUUUGAUGAUUUGGUUGACAUUUACACGAGAAUUGCUAAUUCUUAUGGUACUUUAUACACUGAUCUUGAGAAAGGUGAUUCUCAAAAGCACUAUUUCUAUUUGGUGUCUUUUAGAGGUACAAUCAAAAAUGAUUUAAAGAGAAAGAACACAAUCCAAAUCCUUCCAAAAGGCGGUGAAGAGAAAUUCAAACAGAUGUUAGAGAAAGCUUAUCCUGGAUUAAUUUGGUGCUCUCCUGAUCCUUUGUUUAUCGAAGAUGAUAACAUUCCUUUCGAGAAAAACAAGUCUUACGCACAGAUCGUUAGAGUUAAUGUUGAUAAGAAUGACAUGGAAAACUUAAGAGUUUGCAAUUUCACUUUGGAUGUCUUGAAAGAAGAAAAAGGUUGGGAUGACAUUUUCGUUGUAAAACAUCAAUUCGUAACAGGCAAGAGACAAAAGAAGACAGAUGAAAUCAUAUUAUCUUACUUGCCAGGAAUGGUUUCUAAUGUCGAAAUCGUUCAGCACACGACAUCAAAAAUCACAAGGAAACAGUACUACAUGAUGUAUUUGAAGGAAUACACAGAAGAAAUCAUGAUCCAAGUCGAAGAAUUUAGAGCAGUCAUGCCACCAAAGAAACUCGAACACAUGUGGACGAAAUGGUCACUUUGGUUGAACACGAAGUUGUUGAUGAGAUUAAUGGCACAAACAUUGGAUAAAAACCCAUCAACAAAUCAAUUCGCUCCUCUCACUUUCGUAAGGAAAUGCAAGACAGAUAUCAGAUAUAAAGUGGGAGAUGACUUGAAGGACAUGUCCAAGGAGGAUUACAAGAAGUUGAUUGGAUUGACAAAUAGUGUUUGGGAUGCUUUGUUCCAGGCUGCAAAUGUCUUGAAUGAUUUGAGUAAGUUGAAUAACACAGACAGAAAGAAGUCUGGUAAUGAAACAUCUGAUAAGAUAUUGGAGAGUUACAAGAUGAUCUUAACUCCUUCAAAUUCAUCUCCAAGUGCGCUUUAA